AUGGCACCGACCAAGGAGACGACGGGCUCGGCAAAGGUCGUCGCCGUCGAUGCGUACGAACCGGUCAUGCCCGUGGGGCGGCCGCGGUCGGCCAGCUGGUCCUCGGACAAUCCGUCCACGGCCAUCCUGUACAUGCUGGCAUGGUACAUCUUCUCGACGAGCGCGACGUUCAUCAACAAGAUCUUGAUCAAGGAGCAUGGCCUCUCGGCCGAGGCGCUUACCGUGUGCCACCUCGCGCUGGGCACGUGCUUUGACGCGGCCAUUUUCGCGGUCCCGCCAAAGUCGCGCUACAAGAUGUGGCAUCUUCGCCCGAUGAAGUUCGACCAGUACGCCUGCGUCUCGAGAUCGACACAUCUCAAGCUCAUCGCACAUACCGAAUAG